CAUGUGGCUUUGGCUAGCUUCAAACAAGGCCACCAGGGCAUCCAGGCAGCGGAGGUCCUGGCAGAGCGCUGGGGCCAUGGCUGAGCCGCAGGAGCAGCUGCUGCAGCUGCAGAAGGACAACCGCGAUGGCCGCCUGCGGAAGCAGGAGCUGGAGGAGCUGGUGCGUGGGCUGGAAGCCGAGAGCGAGAGCCUCACCGGGCGCUUGGACGAGCUGCGGGAGCGAGAGCGCAGGUGCGAGGGCACCGGGACCCCGGGGCAGGCUUGUUGGCAGCCUUCGUUCCAGGCAGUGGGGCUUCAGUCUAGAACUCUCAGGCUGGUGGUGGCUCCAUCCCAAAAGAUCCUGAGCUCUGGUUUCACCCCAGACCAAUUUUCCCUGCCGUGUAGCCUGCAGCGAAGACGAAGUCAAACAUCCCGAGCUAUUCGAGGGGAGGCACGAGAGGCGGCGCGGGAGCGUGCGGAACGGGCUCGUGGGCUGCUGGAGGCUGCGGAGCAGCACCGGCAGGACCUGGAGCAACACAAUCGGAAGCUGCAGGAACAGUGGGAGGAACUGUCCAGCCAGCUUUUCUACUAUGGAGGGGAACAGCUGAGUCAACAGCGAGCAGAGCAGCAACUCGGAACUCAGCUUGUGGCGCUGCAGAAACAUCUGGAGCUGGCGGAGGCCAAAUUCAGCAUGCAGGCCGAGGACCUGCGGCAGGGUACGCAGCGGACAGAAGAGGCCUGGGCCAGCUUCCAGGAGCAGAGUGGAGUCCUGCAGGAGCUGCAGGGGAAGGUGAUGGAAGCAGCAGCUGCGCUGGAGGCUACGCGCAGUGGCUCGGAACCGUGGAACUCACAGCCUCGUCGAGUGCAGGACUGCUCGGGCUCACUUAUGGAGGAGGUGGCCAGGGCUGACUGCGAAAAGCGGCUGUUCGGGGGUGCGGGCGCGGGGAGCCUCAGGCUGUGGGCGCUGAGCGCACUGCAGACACUGCUGCUGCUCCCGCUGGGUUUCCUGGUGCUGCCGCUGAUCUACUUGGUGUUGGCACGACCUGACACCAUCGGCCCAGGGCUCCAGAGUCUCGGCUCCGACGCGGUCUUCCGCCGGCUUCGCUACACGCUGUCGCCUUUGCUUGAGCUACGUGCUCGCGGGCUGCUGCCCGCUUAGAACGCACCAUGCUGGCUUCGGCCGCCUACA